AUGAAACCAUUUCUAGUUUCUCUGUGUCUCCUGGGAACGAUUCUACAUGACUUGGCUCAAUGCAGUGCACCAGACUCUGAAUUUCAGCUGGAAGGAGAUUAUUUGUUGGGUGGACUUUUUGAUAUUCAUUUCGAUGAUGACCCUGUUUAUCAUGACAGACCAGAAGCCGUUGAAUGCUCCAACAAACCCUUCACUCUCCCAAGUUAUCGGAGGUUUCAGGUGAUGAGAUUCUCCGUGGAGCAAAUUAACAACUCUACCAAACUCCUGCCAAACGUAUCUCUCGGCUAUGAGAUAUUUGACCACUGCUCAGAUUUACACAAUUUUCCAGGAAUUUUGCAACUCCUCUCAGUAAAUGGCUUGGUCCAACCUUGGGGUGAACCACAUGAUAAUCUGUCUAAAGUGAUAGCAGUGGUCGGCCCCUUUUCAAGCACUAACACCCUGACUGUAGCCCCACUCUUCAUGGCGAAUCUCAUUCCUAUGGUCAGUUAUGGAGCUGCAUCCUCUGCCUUUGCAGAGAAAGCGAAAUUCCCCUCUUUCCUGCGAACAGUGCAUUCCAAUAAAGAAGUCAUAGAUUUGAUUUUUAACAUCGUGAAGCACUUCAACUGGCGCUGGGUUGCUUUUCUUAACAGUGAUGACGCGUAUGGCAUUGAUGGCUUAGAAUUGUUCUAUAAGAAGAUAAAGGAUACUGAAAUCUGCCUGGCAUACAACAAAGGUCUCAAUGUCGAUACAAAUGACGCCAACAUAUUCAAAGAGAUAGAGGUACAGAAGAUAAACACCAUUAUUGUUUUUGCUCCAAAAAUGACGGCUGAAGCUCUCAUUGAGUCGGCAGUACGACUGAAUGUCACCAAUAGAGUGUGGAUAGCAGGGGACACCUGGUCCUUAAGCACAAAGCUCCACAAGAUGAAAGGAAUCAAAAAUAUUGGAACUGUAAUUGGAGUGUCUCAGCCAGUAGUGACAAUACCUGGUUUUAGCGAUUUUAUCCAUUUUUCCAGAAGCCAGACUCAUUGGGAACAUUUUGAAAAAAAACAGUUUUGUAAUCAGGCUUGCAACUGCAGCGGCCAGAGUGCAGAAAAAAUCCUUUCCGUGGACCCAUCUUAUAAUUUUCCCAUUUAUUCUGCUGUUUAUGCCAUCGCUCAUGCCUUACACAAUGCUUUGCAAUGUGGAUCCGGCAGAUGUAAUAGCAAUAUUACAUUGUACCCUUAUACUGUGCUUGCCGAGCUGAAGCAGUCAAACUUUACACUUUUAAAUCAAAGUAUCCAGUUUGAUGAGAAUAUUGAACCCAAUUUUGGAUCCUAUUCUAUCGUUUUCUGGAAUGACAGUGGUGAAGCAGAGGUGAUCGGCUAUAACAAAUUUCACCCAUCAAUCUAUUACUACAUCGACAAAAACAAAAUUCAGUGGUACACAGACGGAGAAGUGCCCACUUCGGUAUGUUCCCAAGAAUGUCUAGUAGGAUAUUCCAAAAAGCAAGAUGGAAUGCACAAAUGCUGCUUCAGUUGUGUGAUGUGCCAGAGUGGAACAUAUGUCAACAUCACAGGGAAUCCCUACAGGUGCAUCGACUGUAAGGACACAGAAUGGUCUGCAGCAGGAAGUACAUCAUGCAACCUGCGGGAGGUGGAGUACAUCCCGUUCACAGACACCGGGGCUAUACUGAUCAUGGUGGGGGCCUGGGCCUUGGUGGGCUUCACACUCGCUGUAUCUGUUCUCUUUGCCAUCAACUACAACACACCUGUUGUCAGAUCUGCUGGGGGACCAAUGUGCUUCCUCAUUUUAGUCUGCCUCAGUCUGUGUAGUAUAAGUGUGUUCUUUUACUUUGGUGAACCAACAACUUCCUUCUGUAUCCUGAGGUUUUUACCAUUUAUCUUGUUCUACACAGUUUGUCUCGCCUGUUUCGUUGUGCGCUCUUUUCAAAUUGUUUUCAUCUUCAAAAUAGCCGCCAAGUUCCCCAAACUCCACAGUUGGUGGAUCAAGUAUCAUGGACAAUGGCUGGUCAUCACUGUGGCAUUUGGUAUUCAGGCACUCUUACUUCUUAUUGGCUAUACGUGUUGCCCUCCUGACACCUUCAAGGACACAGUUUGGUACCCAGACAAAAUCAUACUUGGUUGUGACCUUGACCUCAAAACCACCUCUGGUCCUGUGUUGUUCCUCUUGUCUUUGUGCUUCCUUUGCUUUAUUUUCUCCUACAUGGGGAAAGACCUCCCGAAAAAUUACAACGAGGCCAAAGCAAUAACCUUCUGUCUGCUCCUGCUGAUCCUCACCUGGAUCAUCUUUGCUACUACAUAUGUGCUUUACCAUGGAAAGUACAUCCCAAUACUAAACGCUCUGGCCAUACUGUCCAGUCUCUACUCCUUUCUGGUGUGGUACUUCAUCCCAAAAUGCUACAUCAUCAUUUUUCAAUCCCACAGAAACACACAUGAGUACUUCCAAGGACUCAUUCAGAAUUAUACCAAAACAAUCAGCCAGUAG